UGUCUUGGUUUUCUUUUCCUUUGGUCACACUCGUUUUAACAGCUGACUGUAUCACAAAACAGCCAUUUUUUAAUUUUUGAUUUGUUUUUCCAUCGAUUUCUGGAAUUCAUCUGGUGCAUCAUCCGGAAAUGAGCAAGCGACGCAACAAGGAGCGCGAACAGGAACAUCAACGCUCCGGUGACGAGGGCGACACCAAAAUGAAUGAACGCAACUUAUCCAAAACGAUACAAAGCAAGCAGAGGGCGGCCCGCGAUUCCUCCAGUUCACCGGAUUCCUCCAAUGAAAGCAAAAAAUUGAUUCACAGCACCCAGUCGCCUAAGAGAAAGCAGCCGAGGCCAGGUAGGCGGCCGAGGGAAUCUUCUGAUUCGCAGGAGAAACGCCCCAAACAGUUCGCAAAGCCGUCGGAGGACAUACAUGAACAGCGCUCUAAGUGGGACAGUCCGGAACGCAGCAGCUCCCAUCGCAACAGUACAAGGCAGCGCCGGAACAGCCGGAGUCGCUCAAGGGGCCGUAGCGAAAGGGAGCGGGAUAGGGAUCGUGAGCGAAACCGCGAGCGGGACUAUAACAUGCAGUCCAGCAAGGAGCGCUGCCAUCGGCAUCGUUCAAGGAGCAGCGAGGGCAAAAAUCGGGAUCGUGAUCGCCAACGGAGGUCUCCAGAAAGGCGGCCAGUUCGUCAAAGUCCACGAGAUCGGGCUCACCACGGCGAGCGGGAUCUCAGCGAGGGACGCCAGCGAAAUCAACGUCGCGACAAUCGCAACAAGAACGAGGACGAUCACUACGCAUGGGGAAAAGAAGUCGACGAAAAAGUGCCGGCCGAGAAUGACGUGCCGGUGGACAAGGAAAAGCCAAACUUCGGACUAAGUGGUGCGCUAACAGAGGACACCAAUAAGUUAAACGGUGUGGUGGUUAAAUACUCUGAGCCUUCCGAGGCACGCAAGCCUAAACGCCGUUGGAGAUUGUACCCUUUUAAGGGCGAAACAGCAUUGCCCACGCUGCACAUUCAUCGGCAGAGUUGCUUUCUGGUUGGACGCGAUCGAAAAGUGGUCGAUCUGGCAGUGGAUCAUCCUAGUUGCUCUAAACAACACGCCGCCCUGCAAUAUCGACUGGUGCCAUUCGAGCGGGAAGAUGGCAGUCACGGGAAACGCGUGCGAUUGUACCUUAUCGAUCUGGAUUCAGCCAACGGAACGUUUCUCAACAACAAGAAGAUCGAUGCCAGAAAGUACUACGAGCUUAUGGAAAAGGACGUUAUCAAGUUUGGAUUCAGUUCGCGGGAGUAUGUUCUGCUCCACGAAAACAGUAAAGAAGACCAGGAAGACGAUGAUGUGCAUAUCAAGGAUGAGCCUCAGGACGCGCCUUUGGAAGUGGCGAAUCCCUAGAUGGCAUACGUGUCAUUACGGCUUAAAAUAUUCAGUUAUUAAGUUUACUGCAAACCUAACUUAAUGUAUCGCGUUUUGUACCCCAAACCUUCGGCGAAAGAUAUGUAAAAAAUCUUCUACGGAACACGGCUAUGAGUGUUCACUGCCAACACAAUAAUAAAUUCUCACACAUAA